AUGUCGUGUUGUCGGUGUAGAGAGGGUGAGCGCGCGGCGCAGAGCAGCAUCCUUUACAGCAUCCUGAACAGAGGCUCUCCGUGUCAGCGAAGACAGCCCCGCACCUCUGCCGCUCAGCUUUGUGCCUGCGCGUCCAACAGGAGGCUGGUGGCCAUCCGGGCCCCGCAGUUAGUUUUCAGAGCGGCCUCCGAGGUGCUCGUGAAAACUUUCAGGUUUGUGAAAAAUGUUCCGUGUUUUCAGGGUUUGCCCGCGGAGGACCAGCUGCGGCUCGUGCGUAAAAGCUGGGCGCCGCUGCUGGUUUUGGGCAUGGUGCAGGACUCCGUGGACUUUGACACGGUGGAGACGCAGCAGCCCAGUCUGUUACACAGGAUUUUAACGCACAGCAAAGAGCGACAGCAGAGCGUUCAGACCGACAUUCAGGACCCCGGGGUGCCCGUGGGUGACGUGGAGGGGAUCAAAAUGUUUCUGGUCAAGUGCAGAGGACUGGGAAUCAGCGUUAAAGAGUACGCGUUUCUGAAGGGAGCCAUACUCUUCACCCCGGAAGUGACGGAGCUCGAGUGUCGGGAGUACAUCCACGCGCUCCAGAGAGAGGCUGAGCGCGCGCUUUACGAGCACGUGAGGACGGUCCACGUGGGUAACGCCGGCCGGUUGAGCAGACUGCGCGCGGUGCUGAACAAGCUGCGGUCCGUGGACCCGGACUCGGUGGCGGGACUUUUCUUCAGACCCGUGACUGGGACGAGCAGCAUAGACGAGCACGUGCUGGCGAUGUUUUAUGAGCUGUAGAAUAAAGUUCCAAAAUAAA